AUGGAUCGAGUAAAUGGAUAUAACAUCUACAUUGGCAGGUUGGUACAUAGUUGGUGUUUUUUUGAACGAACCCAUGCUCUCUUUGCGCUUAGAAACCAAGAUGCCCUGAAACAAGCUAAUAUAACGCAUGUCAUCUCUGUUGUGGGACCAAAAGAGCGGCCCUCUGCCAUUAGCAGCCUUCAGACAUACGAUGUCCAGGGGCAUCUCAUCCUAGACCUACUCGACCAGGACCAAGAGAACAUCCUCCAGCAUUUCCCGCAGGCUAAUCGGUUUAUAGAGGGAGCCACUGCCGAUGGCAGCGCUGUGUUGGUUCACUGGUCAGGACAAUACCUCUUCCCAUAUAUAUACACUAUAGAAACCCCGGAACACCUGCAUAUGCAUAUAAAUUCUGACCCUGAGUUAUAUAGCGGUUUGGGGAUAUCCCGGUCAGCAACGAUUGUUCUCGCAUACAUGCUCUACCAGGCUCGUCCGAGGUUGACCCCUGGAGGCGCCCUGUUUGUCCUUAGAAGCAGUCGGCCUGGUUGUCAGCCGAAUGCUGGGUUUACUGAACAGCUGGCGCUGUACCAUCAGAUGGGAUGCCCAGAUAGCCUAGAAGACCAGCAUCUCUAUCAACUAUUCCUCGAUCGAUAG